AGCCCGCCCAGCAGCCUCACACCUCCAGCAUUUGGGGGCGAGGAGGAGGAGGAAGCAGCAGCAACCACCGCCGCCGCCGCCGCCGCCGCCUUAGCUCUUCUUGCAGGGAGAUCUCAGAGCAGCCUCUGCCUUCUGCACCUUCUGCAUCCAACAAUGGCUGAUCAGCUGACCGAAGAACAGAUUGCUGAAUUCAAGGAAGCCUUCUCUCUAUUUGACAAAGAUGGUGAUGGCACCAUUACGACAAAAGAACUUGGAACCGUCAUGAGGUCGCUGGGUCAAAACCCAACAGAAGCAGAGCUACAAGACAUGAUCAAUGAGGUAGAUGCAGAUGGCAAUGGCACUAUUGACUUCCCAGAAUUCUUGACCAUGAUGGCCAGAAAAAUGAAAGACACAGACAGUGAGGAAGAAAUUCGUGAAGCAUUCAGAGUCUUUGACAAGGAUGGCAACGGUUACAUCAGUGCAGCAGAACUACGCCAUGUUAUGACAAACUUAGGAGAAAAGCUAACAGAUGAAGAAGUAGAUGAAAUGAUCAGAGAAGCAGAUAUUGAUGGAGAUGGACAGGUCAACUAUGAAGAAUUCGUACAGAUGAUGACUGCAAAAUGAAGAGACCUCCCACCUAUUUUUCCUCUAGAAGAAUCAAAUUGAAUCUUUUACUUACCUCUUGCAAAAAAAUGUUCAUUUAUUCAUUCUGUUUCUGUAUAGCAAAACUGAAUGUCGAAAUACCUUCUGUCCACAAACUGCAUGUAAUGGUUGGUGGUCCUGUUCCCAAAAGAUCAAGUUAAACAUCAGUUUUUCCCCAAUAUAAAUAAUUGUACUUACUACCUUUUAAAAAAAAUAAGAAAGCACUUAAGUGAACUCUUCAGAAAGUUCCAUUUGCUAAUGACUAUUACACUGUUUGGGCUGGCCAGUUUUACAUGCAUGCAGCUUGACAAUUGAGCACAGUCAGACAUUUGUAUUAAAACCGUUUUAAAAAAAGAGAGGAAAAAAACUUUUAAAAAAUGCCCAGGCCACUCUUUUCUCUGAAAGUGGAUUCUGGUUCAAUUUGUAGUUAUAAAAUUGUCAUAGCUGGGUUUACUUUCAAAUUGGUCUAUACCUCAGGAUGGUAUGCAGCAAAAAUGGUUGAAGGAUGUAAAAUGUUUAGAGAGAAAAUUCCCCUAAAAGUAGAGAAGGUUCUCCUGUAUGUAGAAAAAGUUUGUUCCAAAAAACAAACACAAACCCAUGACUGAGGCUAUGGGUGACAAGUCUGUGUUACAUUGGUUUUACUGUUGUCUGCAUCGCACUGUUGUGAAAUAGGUGUUGGGCUGUUACCCUUCACAAAACCUUUAAAAAGAAACCUUCAUUAAGGGGUGGGAGCACUUUUGGGCAUGUGUUCCCCAACUCCCUCUCCCUCUCUCUCUCUUACAUUUUAAAAACCUUCUGUAUCAAGACUUGGAGCUGGCGGAGUAGCCUGUGGACUUCAGCACAACUAUCAACAUCGCUGUUCAAAAUAUUACAGUUAAUGUCCAUUCCAAGUUGUAAAUGCUAGUCUUUUUUUCCAAUAAAAGACCAUUAACUUAAAGUUGUCGUUAUAUGCUUUGUAAAAGCUGAAAAUAUAUAGAUCUAUAUAGAAUUUGAGAAACUAAACCAAAUGAGUAAAUAGAUGGCAGUAGGAAAGGUAAAUGUGUUCUGUAAAUGACUUGCUGCUAAAUUUUAAUGCACAUGUAUGCAAUAACUUAACCCGUUUAACGUUUCUUCAAGAUGGCAAGAACUGACCUCUUGUAACCCAAGACCUUUGCUAUAAAUAAAUGAACUUGUGCUUGCCUUUCA